AUGUUUGGCUUUAGGAAAUCACCUGCCAAUGAACUGCCUAAGCAAAACUUAAUUGACCCUUCUAAUCCUUUUGAUUCUGAUACGGAAUCUGAUAACAAAUCAACUACUACACCCACAAGAAGAAUUUCUUCCGAACCAGUGCUCAUUACACCAAGCCAAAAAUAUAAUCCGUUUGAUGACGAUGAUGAUGAUUUUGGGAGAGGAGCAUCUUCUUCAUCCUCUUACUCCUCUAGAAACAAGCAGAAUAUCAAGUCUCAGGGCAAGAAAGACCUUGAGAGCACGUCUGUACAAGAAUUUGAGAGUGAUGCUAUGAACAAGGCUCAAGAGACGACAAACUCCGUGAACAACUGCCUGAAGAUUGCAGAGGACAUUAGACAGGAUGGUGUUAGAACCUUAGAGACCUUGCAUCAACAGGGCGAGCAAAUCCACAAGACCCACAUGGUGGCUGUUGAUAUGGACCGUGAUUUGAGCAGGGGGGAGAAAUUGUUGAAUAAUCUUGGCAACAUGUUUUCUAUGCCUUGGAAGUCAAAAAAGACAAGGGACAUCGCAGGGCCUUUAACUUCAAGAGAUGAAAAUGAUAUAGGAAAACGAAGUAGCCCGGCUCAAAGGGAAAAGUUAGGUUUGAAUUUGGCACCUAAAGGACGGUCUGUUUCUCGUACGCCUCCUCUGGAUCCAACAAACUCCUUACAGAAAGUUGAGGUGGAGAAGGCAAAGCAAGAUGAUGCACUUUCAGAUCUCAGCAAUAUAUUGGGUGAAUUAAAGGGCAUGGCUACUGACAUGGGUUCUGAACUUGACAGGCAAAACAAGGACCUCAAUUACCUUCAAGACGAUGUGGAUGAACUAAAUUAUCGGGUGAAAGGUGCCAAUCAACGUGCGCGUCGUUUGCUUGGGAAGUGA